UAUGAUUGUCUGGGCCAUGGCUUUCGUUUUAUUGGCUUUGGAAACGAAAAGACGAUAAGGUUGGAGAGCCUAUGAGUCAACAGGGGAUUGAGGAUCAUGAUGUAACAUGUAGCUACGAGUAUCUCGCGGUGGCUCGAAGUUGAGUGAUUGCGUGCUACAUCAUUUGGUAUUAUACAUAGCGGUCCUCUUGCAAAUGGGGAACGGCUGUGAACCUCGGUUUACUACCUUGAUAAGAUAUAAAGGAGAUGGAAGUUAUCCUUGUGAUUGUGAUGUGAUGUGAUUUGAUCCAUUUUCAUGCAAUCUUGAUACUACUUGAUCUUUUACAUAUGACGAGGAUGACGAUAUAAGUGUAUUGACGUACCCCCAUUCUCUAUUGCUUUCGAAGAGUUUCUGCUUCUUUUUCAUUCCUCGACGUCGAAGCGUUUUUUCGUGCACAUUGGACAUACAAUUGAUUCAUUGCAAUUUUCAUAAUGUCGCACACGGCGCCACAACAGGCGCUGGAUAAUGAGAAACCCGCAGUGGAAACGGAAGGCAUUGAUGGGAUUGACAGAAAUGAAAAAAGGAAUGGAAACGAGAGCGAGGUUUCCGAUGAAUCGUUUGCGAAUCCAACGGGGAUAAAUGAGAAGGCACUAGUCAGAAAGCUGGAUUGGAAACUAUUACCUGCGCUUACAUUGCUUUAUUUGUUGAGUUUUUUGGAUAGAAGUAACAUCGGAAAUGCGAAACUUGAUGGAUUAGCGACGAGUUUAAACAUCACCGGGAACCAAUAUCUAUUGACACUAACAAUUUAUUUCAUCGGAUACGUUCUCUUCGAAGUACCUUGCAACAUCAUACUUAAAAGAACAACACCCAAAAUAUGGCUUCCAACACUCAUGCUUCUAUGGGGAAUCGUCGCGACCUUAAUGGGGAUUUCUACAAACUAUGCGGGGUUUCUAGCUGCAAGAUUUUUCUUGGGUGUUACGGAAAGCGGAUUGUUUCCUGGUGUGGUAUUUUACUUAUCAAUGUGGUAUAAGAGGACGGAAACACAUUAUCGAGUUGCAUUGUUCUUUUCUGCAGCUUCGUUGGCUGGUGCUUUUGGUGGAAUCUUGGCUUAUGGCAUUGGAUUCAUGGAUGGAGAAGGGCUUCUGACUGUCGUUGUCUCUCUCCUAGCUUACUUUUUCAUCCAUAAUUACCCCUCAACCGCACCAUUCCUCACAGAACCAGAACGCUCUUUUAUCCAUGCGCGUCUCAAGUCUUCCACCGAUGCAACCAAUACUGAACCCUUUACUUGGGCCAACGUCCGCGCCGCUUUUGGAGAUUACAAAUGCUGGCUCUACAGUCUCGGUUUCCACACGAUGUCUCUACCCCUCUACACCCUUUCUCUUUUUUUCCCUACCAUCAUCUCAGCCCUUGGCUACAAAGCGGCUACCGCACAACUUCUAACUGUCCCCCCUUACGCAUUCGCCACAGUACUUACAGUGAUCAUCGCCAUCCUUGCAGAAAAAACUCACAAACGCGCUCCUUUCAUUCUCUUCUCCUCCUCAUUUGCAAUCAUCGGCUAUAUUAUCCUUCUUGCAACCCCACACAACAAACCCGGCAUUUCCUAUCUCGGAACCUUUUUUGCAGCCGGUGGAAUUUACCCCAGUACCGCUAUCGUGCUUUCCUGGCCCGCGGCAAACGUAAGCGGACAAACUAAACGGGCCACAGCGACUGCGAUGACGAUUACUAUUGGAAAUUUAGGGGCAGUGUUAGGAACGCAAUUGUAUAGACCGGCGACGAGUCCUAGAUGGUUUUUAGGUCAUGGAUUUGCAUUGGGGUAUUUGGUCGCGAAUUUGUUAGUUGUGGGGACGUUAUGGAUUUGUUUGGAAAAGGAAAACAGAGAGAAAAAGAGGAGAGAAGAGAGUGGGGAGGUAGGAGAUGAGGUUUUGAAAAACGAUGAGGAUGUUAGGUGGAUUUUUCAGACUUGAUGACCUAAUGAUAGAUUUGAGAUGUCUACAAUGGAUACAACUGCCUGAGAGAAAGAGUCAAUCCUCACGGCAUAUCCCGAUUACAGGUAUUUACAAUAUGGGCUGUGUAAAAAUCAGAGUUACUUGGAAAUGUAGAGAUUUGGAGAUGGCCAGAGAAAUUAUUUAGGUCAAAAGCAAACUAGGGAUCAGACAACACACACUUCGUCAUCCUUUCGAGUGUUAUGGAAUCCCAGGCUUAGAUUCACGAAAGAUUAGGACGCUUCAAGUUGGACUAUUGUUGCUUAAUAGAUCUCGGAUGCGGAUGCUUUGUGUCCCGAGCCGGAGGAAUACCAUGCAGAUUCUGUCUGAGAAUUUUGGUAUUGAUAUUUAAGUAAACCCGUGGACAGCUCUGUAAAGGCGGUUUAAUGUUCACCCGAUCGCAACUUGGUUGGGUCUACCGGCCAUUCGCAUCACCGACGCCGACAACGAACGAUAUAUUUAACUUUCGGGAUCUCUUGAUUAUUGCACUAUUGAGCUUAGCAUCUGAAGAUCAAAUUCUUAUCAAGUUGUCAAUAACACACUUGCUUUUUGCUUACUAUUUUCAUUUGCUGUAACCUUUCAAUAAUUAAUAAUUCGAAUGACGAUAGACUUGAAGCUUCAAAAGUCGUGGAACCUGAAUCACCUCGAUUAAUUGAAAUUUUCUAAGCAGAGUGACUGACUGAAGUUUUCGA